AUGAAAUACAUAGUGGAGCAUAUGGAAGAAGGAUUUUCUGAAUGGGUAAUAUUAGAAUAUUCACAAAUAAUAAGAGAUGUUGGAUCUGAAAAUCUUAUAUUAACAUCAUUACCAAAAACAAUAACUGAAAAAGAUAUACCUAAACAAUUAAAAGAUAUGGGAUUACAAUGGACAACAAAAGAAAUUAUAGAUUUAGAAUUUCAAGGUGCCAAAAUAAAUCGUGAAAAAAUUGCAUUAUUAGAUCCUGCUGCUACGGUAGAUUUAAUACCUGAAGAUAAAUCAACAAUUGAUUAUUUCUUACUAGCUGGAGUAUUAGGUGAGCAUCCAAGAAAAGAUAGAACUGGAAUAUUAAGAGAAAAAUAUAAAUUUCAAGGUAAAAGAUUGGGGAAUUUACAAAUGACUACAGAUACUGCUAUAAGAACAGCUCAUAAAAUUAUAAAUGGUACUAAAUUUGAAGAUAUCCAGUUCUUAGAUUAUCCUGAAAUUAAAUAUAAUAAAUAUGAAUCUACUGAAAUGCCAUUUAGAUAUAUUGUUAAUGAUAAGAAUGAACCAAUUUUACCUGAGGGAAUGUUAGAAUUAAUUAGAAAAGAUGCAGAUCAAAGUAUUGAUGAUUUACUAAUAGAUGAAUAA